AUUGACUCGAGCGCAUCAGUCUAUAGUUUCGACCGCGAGGUAAGCAAGACUCGUGCGUUAUUAUUCUUAAGGUAGCUUAAUGUGCGUGCCGUCUGAUUGACCGUCAAUCUGCUCACUACUUCAGCAUCCUAAAAGGCCUAACAUAAGACUGACAUGCUCACGCCCCGCUACCCAAACUCGGGCCAGAGCUAGUAGAGAUGUUCCGCCGAAACCUCUUCUCAUCUUCGAAGCAUCGCCGAGCACCGACAGUCGAGGCUGAUGCCACCUCGACUAUUGGUAGCAGCAUCACACGCAGUCGAAGCCAAGAGAGCAAAGCAACAUUCGUUGAAGAUUCGAAGCAUAAUCUUGUUGCACACCGGGCGAACUCGGACGCCUCAUUUCAUAGCCAGAAUGUGCCUGAUAUCGUCAUAUCCUCUAUCCCUGCGGCUUCUCCCAGCAAGACUAAGGCAGACAGAGCUGACGAUCCUCUGGGUCUGACGCUGUUCUAUGCCCCCGAUGGCAUUCCGUCAGCCGAUAUUAUAUUCAUCCACGGCCUUGGGGGUUCGAGCAGGUUAACGUGGUCCAAAAAUCACGACCUCAACCUCCUUUGGCCAUCACUUUGGCUCCCUAGCGACGACGACCUUCAAAAUUGCAGGAUAUUUACUUUCGGGUAUAAUGCAGACUAUCGUUCAUCUUCGCAAAGCCCAACGCUUGGCAUAUCUGAUUUCGCAAAGAACCUGUUGUUCGAUAUGCUUUAUGGUAGGGAUAAGCAGGGUCAAAGCUUUCACUUGGGGAAGGCACCAAUUCUUAUAGUGGCCCAUUCCAUGGGUGGGCUAGUGUUUAAAAAGGCAUACCUUGAAGCGCAGUUGGAUAAUCGGUAUACAAGUAUUGCCGAGUCCAUGAAGGCCGUGUUGUUUCUUGCCACACCACAUCGUGGAGCUGAUCUCUCUGCGUCUUUGAAUAAACUGUUAUCUAUUAGCUUUCGAGGCUCAAAGCAUUAUGUUACGGAACUAGGCAAGCAUGGCUCGUUCAUCCCGACGUUGAACGAACAGUUCCGACACAUUGCGGAACGUCUCCAAAUCUUUUCCUUCUAUGAGACAGUCCAAACAUCGCUUGGCUUGAGCUCUGCCAUUAUAGUAGACGAAGAUACCGCGAAGCUUGGUUACCCCGGGGAGAUAUCGAGGUCGUUGAACGCCGAUCAUCAUGGCGUAUGCAAGUUUGAAAGUGUGAAUGAUGUGAAUUAUCGCGCUGUGUUGGGAGUUCUCAAAUCUACUGUCUCAUCUUUCACUAAAAUCAGUGAACACUCCGCUGCGGAUGAUAUGGAGAAGAUUCGAGUGCACUUAUCUAUAUCUGAUAAUGUGGACCAUGAUCUGAGUUUAUUCAUGAGCCGCCGCGUCGACGGCACUUGUUCCUCAAUUCUCGAUGAAACCCAGGUACGCUCCUGGAUGACAGAUUCCUCUCAGUCUCAUAUCUUAUGGCUGCAUAGUCGCCCGGCACGUGGCAAGUCUGUAUUUUGCUCUUUCAUGAUAGAUCAUCUACGUGACCAGGGCGCUACUGUGCAGCAUUUUUUCUUCAGGGCUGGCGACGAAACAAAGCGGUCUGUUGGCUCUCUACUCAGAUUCUUGGUUUUCCAAAUUGCGAAUUUUCACCCACCGUUUCGUCAAGCAGUUGCAAAGCUGCUCGAUGGAGGCUAUAAGCCUAAGGAUAGCGAUUGGAAAUCAACUUGGCGAAAGCUAUUUGUAGGGUUGCUGUUCAAAUAUGAAUUCGAGAAACCGCUUUAUUGGGUCGUUGACGGCCUUGACGAAUCAGCUUCCCCUCAGCAAAUCCUGGAGCUAAUGGCAGAGGUCAAAAGUUCGUUGACGCCAAUACGGGUAUUGGCUACAAGUCGCUGGACCCCUAGACUCUUCACUUCCUUCGGAAGAAUCAGCUCGAAAAUACCCACAUCGUGGUUCUCUCUCGACCAAGACUCUACAGAUAUGCGUAUCUACAUCGAAGAAGAACUGCAGUAUCUCAGUUGGGACGAUUCUGUCAAGGGUGAAAUCACGGGUAAGGUCCUGGAUCAGGCCAAUGACAAUUUUCUCUGGGUUCGCCUCAUACUUGAAGAGAUAAGGGAUUGCCAUACAGAGGAUGAUUUACGUCAAGCUCUGAAUGAGUUACCUCCCGGAAUGGAAUCGUUAUAUCAACGUAUGGAGGAGACGAUAUCAAAUAUAAGGAGACCCUCAGAUAGGAAUUUGUCACGGCAACUACUUAUGUGGGCUAUAUAUGCGCGACGCCCGGUGUCCUUAUCAGAGCUCUCGGAGAUUCUAGAACCAGAGUUUGGUCAUAUUUUGGACCUCACGACUACAAUCACUCGUCUAUGUGGACAUUUCCUCGUGUUAGAGGGGGAGAAUCGGAUUGGGUUGCUUCAUCAAACAGCGCGCGAAUAUUUGAUCGCUUCUAACAGCCUUCCUUUCUCGUUAAAUGCAGCCGUCUGCCACGAUGAACUUUUCCGACGGUCUAUGGUCGCGUUGGCGGACAAGGCGUUGAGAUCUAAGGUGCAGCUAAGCGGUUCGAACUCCCUCCAUUAUCGCGCAACUGAAUGGAUGCAUCACCUGAAAGCGACUGGGUUGCCUAGUGAUUUCGACGGUCAACUUGAUGUGUUGCUUAAGUUUUUCAAGCAACCGUUUGUGCUUACCUGGAUCCAGCUCCUGGCAUCCUCGGGCCAAUUAGGAAUUCUCAUUGAUACUGCCCACUCUUUGGAUACUUUCGUCAAAAAGACACGAAGAUCUGACGCUGCUCGUGAGCCUGCCCAGCGACGGUUCGAAGACCUUGAGCUGUUAGAUCUAUGGUCUCGUGAUCUUCUGAAGCUUCCAGGAAAGUAUGGGGCAAUUUUAUCACAACACCCUGCAUCUAUACAUAGUUCUGUUGCACCAUUUUGCCCCUCAAACUCGGCAAUACACAGAACCUUUGGCAGCCUUUCUUCCUCGCCAAGAAUAAAGGGACUCUCAGAAGACUGGGACGACUGUCUCGCCAGAGUAUCAGUUGGUAGCGAUUGUCAAGCCUCGUUGAUAAGCUGUUCAGCGAAGCAUCUUGCUGUAGUUGAUGGAAAUGGUAAUGUCUCCUUGUGGGACUGUACUACAUUCCAUUGUACUCGCCUCGUGACUGUUGGUGAAUCAAUAUCGACCAUUUGUUUCAGCGAGAACGGUGACCGAAUCGCAACUUAUGGAUAUCGAGCGACAAAAGUAUGGAGUACGUUUUCUGGCAAACUGCUCAACUCGUUCGAUAAUCCCCUGGACAUGAAGGCAAUUACUUUGAACUUCAUUGACGACGGUUCAGCCUUGUUAGUGGGGACGGAUCGUCGGUGUUUGGUGCGAGGUUCGCUGCAAAAGGAGAAAUGUGUUUGGAAUAUUAUCGAGUCGGUAAUGCUCAACGAUACCGAGUCUUUAGAGGGCACCAUCCUAGGUUCGCCCACCGCCCUCGAAGUGAGCCCAGAUCAUACGAAAGUUGCUGUAGCGUACCGCAGGUUCCCUUUGACAAUAUGGGCCACGAGUCCAUCAAAGAUUGUGCAGCGGGUCAAUCGUGAUACUAGGGCAUCGAUCUCACCUUCUCCAUUCGUUACAUCACUUGCGUGGCAUCCUAAUAGUGAAGAAGUAAUUGGCAUUUUUAUGGAUGGAUACAUGUUCAAGGUUAACAUUAUUGAUGGUACCUACCAUGAACAACCGCCUGAUUCUGGCCAGUUCCCAUUGCACAUAAGAGUCAACCCGGAUGGCACCAUAUUUGGAAUAUGUGGUGUACAUGGAACGAUAAAGCUUUACGACUAUCAAUCCUCUACACUGGUAUAUCAACUUACGUCUGACGAUAAUGUCGCGGACUUCUGCUUCAGUCAAGAUGGCCGACGAUUCUACGAUAUCCGUGGGAGCUGUUGCAAUAUUUGGGAGCCCAAUGCCCUGAUUAGAUUAGGCGCGACUGAUGAUCAUCCUACGAGCAGUCAAGCACCAGAUGAAAGUGUGGAGCAAUCAAAUCUUGCUUCAGAAUCUUUUGCAGACAAUCCUACUCCAAUUAUCAUCACAUCGCCAAUGCCUCGCCAUUCCGUUGUAUGUCUAGGAGAUGAAGAAGGUCUGGUUGCACUACACGAUUACGAAAGUGGCCAAAGGUUGAAAAUUGACCGUAUCGCUACUGGGAUGGGCAUCGAGCAUCUUGUUUGGAGCGACGACGGUGUUCACUUCGCCUACGCCGAGGUUGGAGGUCGAUUGACGAUCGUCAAGAUUGAAUUUACAACAACUGGUUGGAAACAUGAGCGAAUUGCUAGGUUCAAGCCGAAGUUAUCAACCGGUGGGAUGAAGCAGUUAAUCCUCUCAUCUGACUCGGAGUAUAUUCUUGUGUCUUUCAAGGACUCAACUCAACUGUGGUCAAUACAGUCCUUAAGUCAGGUGGAGCAGGGCCGUGACCGUACGCCAAGAAACUCCGCACAAUGGAUCGUGCACCCGUCUUCUUCUGCUCAUCUUCUCUCAGUCACACCUGACGACUGUCUCACGCAUGAAUGGGUUGAUCUGUCUAUAUCAUCAAAAUGGCUUAUCCCGCAAACAGAUCGCCAGAGUAAUUCAAAUUCCAGGCCGCUUCUCGAACGGGAGGACACGGAUGGCAAUACGUUGAAUAGUGAUCAUGUGCAUGAAGCCGUCGAGAAGAUAGUUCCUACCUUUUUCAGGGGACACAUCUUGGUGCAUAUCUCCCGGCGCACCACUCACCGAAAGCAAAGAUCACGUUUCAUGAUAAUUAGUGGCUUCGAUGGACAAAACGAUUUUGGCGAAUCACACAAAUUAACAUGUACCACCGUACCUCCUGAACUGUCUGACCAGAUAGAGGUGCCGCUUAAUAUCCUGAAAAAUGGAUAUCUCGUCUACCUAGACCGGUCACUUGGAGUUUGUACAUGGCAUAUCAAAUCCUCCCACGGCAUCCUAGAUACUAAGUGUCAUUUUUACAUUCCCCGAGAUUGGAUCUCGGAGCAGAAUCUUGGCCUGCUGUCUGUGACGGACUCCGGCUCGAUUCUGUGCCCUCGCAAGGGCGAGUUCAUGGUCAUUUUUACCUCCCUUAGCUCUGACUGGUAGUCCUUGGGAAACGUAGUUUUUGACUUUCGAUCAUAGAUAUUACAACAGGAAUAUAUCUAAGUCCGCAACCUCAAAUCA